GAUAAAUAAGCAGCCAAGAGCAGCCGUGUUCUCCUCCUUCAACUCUAGGGUUUCGGCAGAACAGCUUCCCCAAAAGCCCAAGCUCUUUCUCAUUCGUCGAAGUCAUGUCGAGGAGGAAGGUUAGAGAACCCAAGGAAGAAAAUGUGACACUUGGACCCACUGUAAGAGAUGGAGAGCAUGUUUUCGGUGUUGCCCAUAUAUUUGCAUCAUUUAAUGAUACUUUCAUUCAUGUGACUGACUUGUCAGGAAGAGAAACUCUUGUUCGCAUUACUGGUGGUAUGAAGGUGAAAGCUGACAGGGAUGAGUCAUCCCCAUAUGCAGCCAUGCUUGCAGCUCAGGAUGUUGCCCAAAGAUGCAAGGAACUUGGAAUCACUGCUCUUCACAUUAAGCUCCGUGCUACAGGUGGUAAUAAAACAAAAACACCUGGUCCGGGUGCCCAGUCUGCACUCAGGGCUCUUGCUCGUUCUGGAAUGAGAAUUGGUCGUAUAGAGGAUGUGACCCCAAUCCCAACUGACAGCACUAGGAGAAAGGGUGGUAGAAGAGGGAGAAGGCUGUAAGCUUGCCAUUCUCAUCCCAUCACGUCCUGCCUUCGUUUUCACAGUGACUGUUAUUGAUAAUGGAUUGAUGGUACCUUGAAGUUUUGCUGGAGUUCUUAUUGUUGAACUUAAUUUGUAGUUUUUGACAUUGCAUUGGCCAUAGAUUUAUUUUAAGCUCCUUUAGAGACCAAGUUGUGAAACUACUCUAGAAGCUGUCUUUUGAAUUUUUUUUAAAGAUUUUGUUUUAUUUUAUUUUAAACCUCCAUGGAUUGGAUUAUUAAUCUGUGCUGUGACAGUGGAUUCAGUUUUAUUAGUGACCCAAGAUGUGGUUUGUGCA